AUGAAUUCCUUCUCAUGGGGAAGUUUGGUUCUCGCUGGAGUCCUCUUAUUAACAAUACAGGGUAAGAUUUGCUGAGAUACCAUUAUUUAUCCCGUACCAUAAAGAAUAGAGCCAAUCAGAAAGCUACAAACGGCGAGAAAGUUAGUUGAGACGCUUUGCCCUAUAGGAGGGUCUCAAAGCGGUUAACGGUCAGCCGUCAAACGGCCUAAAGAUUAAACGUCAACCGUCAAAUAUGCAGAUCAGAAGAUAACCGUCAAAAAGUUUCAUGGUAUUUCAAAUCUCACUAUUUCAUUUAAUAUGUACUUUAACAAAUGGGCAACAUUUCUACUAAAUAACCGUCAAAGGUUAAAAGCUCUAAAAUGUAACCAUCAACCGUCAAAAUUGGAGAAAAUUUAUGGUAAAGCGUCAAAGCUACCACCCCACUGAGACCCAAACUCGUUCCCAGGUUUCUCUCCCACCCGUCCCUACGGAGCGAGAGAGAACCUGGGAACGAGGUUGAUUGAGACCCUCCUAAAGGGUCUUUCUGACCUUUCAAGCUUGCCCUCCCCACUCCCUCCAUGCAAUGUUGUGCCGCUGUUCAAGUUACCCGUAGGAAACAACAAACACCAUAACUUUGAAUGGAGGGGAGAGGGGAGGGGUGUAGACUGUUUUGUUAUCCGAAGUUACCCCUUUUGAUGAAAUUUAGAUGUCUCAACAAUUUUGUCGCCGAUUAAAAAACCCGUUGCAUAUUCUGCGAUAUACAAGGAGUCGUAUUCCACGACCAAGUAUGUGAAGGAAGGCACUAAUUUGAGCAUUCACCUAUAAAAACAGCGCACUCAUAUUAAGGCUGGCUUUAACUAACGACGGAGUCAGAGUCGGAUCGGAGCCGUAAGCGGAGUCGUAAGAGAGCUUAUGACCUAGUGAAAAUUAAGAAUCGGAGUCAUAAGUGCAACAGAAUCGGAAGCGGAAUAAUCAGAGCGUUUCCAUUUUCUUCCGACUCCGCUUAUGACUCCGUCGUUUACGAUCUAGUGAAAACCAGAAGCAGAAGCGGAAGCAGAAGCGGAAGGAUAAACCAAUCGCAAUGGACGUUCCCACGCUUUUUGAUUGGUUCAGUUCUUUCGCUUCUGCUUACGACUCCGAUCGACCACCUAGUUUUCACCAAGAGCCAUAAUUGUUAGUGAAAACCAGCCUUACGGAAUUAACGACCAUAUUAAUUUAUGUGGCAGUUGGAGGGACGUUUGGAAAUAGAACCAUUACACCUGAAGAGCGACUGAUAGAUGAUUUGCUUGAAAACUACACAAAAGAAGCCAGGCCCGUAAAGAACCCAAAGCACAAAAUUAACGUUACUUUUGGAUUUGAGCUAGUGCAGUUGGUACACGUGGUAAGUGAAUAAAAACAAAUCUGCGACUUCACUCUCUGCGACCUUCUCCCCUUCACCCCGGCCGCCUCCCCCCAUUCUCCUCACUCCUUACUUACACCGGACAUGUAGGCUUAGUUUCUGUUACAUUUUCAACUUCAGGGUCUAACUUGUACCACUUUUCUUUUACCUAAAAUUCAAAGCCGGUCUUAGUUCUUCUUGUAGACUAUAGUAAACGUUUUACGGUCCGUCUCAAUCAUCAUUUAAAAGUGUCAAACUACACAUUUCUAAGCGAACGAAGAACUCAGUUUAUAAAACAAGGACAGUUUAAAAAAAUCAGUACAGAUUACCUUUUCGCCUCCUCCGUCAGUAUAUUACGGUGGCCCAAAAGUGUCACGGCAAUCUCAAUUUGUUCACGGCAAUUUCAAUUUACUCAUAGCAAUUUAAAUUUGUUCACGGCAAUUUCAAUUUACUCACGGCAAUUUCAAUUUCUCGAGCAAUAAGCCCCAAUUACAUUGUAGUUUAUAUCCCAUAAGACAGCACGAGAGACUCUCGAUUAAACUUAGAAAGCUCCAACAAGCUAAGUCAAGCAGAAAAAACACUGCCCGUAAUAAUGUAAACUUAGCACACUCUUCCACUAGCGCGCACUAGGCGCCAAGAAUUAACAAUGUACAUUACAAUGAUGUACAUAGGCUAGCAGAGACUCCAAGAGCCAAGAUCGACGAACUUGACGAAGUUUAGAAUGUAAUCAAAACCGCUCUUGAGAAUAAACGAUGUGAGACUUAUGCCCGUUUAUUAUCUGAGUCUUUAGAAAUAAGGGGAAAAGCAAAAGAUAAUUCAAAAAGCGAAAAACGGUUUUCAACCGAAAGAGAAAAGAACGCAAUAGAAACAAAGGGAAAAUGCGUUACAACAACACAUGGGACUGAGUUGCUCGCUUCGGGUUAUGGGCUCCAAAAUAACCUAUACAAUGCACUUAGGGCUUAUUGCUCGAGAAACUGAAAUUGCUGUGAGUAAAUUGAAAUUUCCGAGAAUAAAUCGAAAUUGCCGUGAGUAAAAUUGAAAUUGCCAUGAGUGAAAUUGAAAUUGCCCGUGAACAAAUUGAAAUUGCCGUGAGUAAAAUUGAACUUGCCCGUGACACUUUUGGGCUACCGUCGUGUAUAACCUUCAGCAAUUCGUAACUAGGUUUUAGUAUCAUCAUCCGGGCUGGUGUGGUCCGUAAUAUGAGUGCUAACGUGGAAGUUUCUCACAACUUGUGCGGAAGCAGCCUCGUUCCUGGGCCCUAUAGAACGAUGUUGGAGUUGAACCAGUUGACGGUAUCUUAAACUGUUACUCUCAGUUAGUUAUUGAAUGAAUAGGUCAAUUAAUUCAAGAUGUUAUUGGUAAUCUCACUGUUAGGUGAACCGUGAUAUUUAAAGUUACACAAUUGUCAAACGCUUUUGUUAUAAUUUGAUUCCAAUUUUCAUUUCGAUUCCAGAAUGACCGGAACCAAAGGAUCACAACAAACGUUUGGGUUCGGCAGGUAAUGAUUAGUUAUCUACAUCUCUUUAACCGUCUGAGAAGCAGACAACAGUCUGAAAUAGCCUGCGUGGCAGGCGUUAAAAGGGGAAGGAGAAGGGGGAAUUUGGGCGUGUGAGAGCGCGUGGUCUCGCCUCCUAAUUCCCUUUCCCUUCCCUUUCGAACGCCUGCCACGCAGGCUAGUCUGAAACGACAUGGUGCGUUGUAAAUUCCGUGAUCUCAAAACAAAACCUAUAAUCUUUUGAUAGAUUUGGAAUAAUGAGCUAUUGACAUGGGAACCAGAUGAUUACAAUGGUAUAGAGGCCGUUAGACUUGACGCCUCCCGUAUUUGGAUUCCAGAUAUUGUGCUGUACAACAGGUGAGUGAUGACGACUGGAGUUACUUGUUGCUUGCAGUUUAAGCCAACUGCAAGACCCUAUUUAACUCCUGACUAAGUAACUCUCAAAAGAAUCAGUCAGAUAGGCAGAUGUAAGUUUCUAGUCAAAUGCUGGAAAGCUUAAAGUAGCAUGCGAAAGUGCCGCUAAAAGAAUUUGUUUUGGAAUGGCCACGAACGUUUAGAAAUUUCAUGAGUAGAACUAUGUUACACUUUCCCACCUGCCCGCGUUUAUGAGGGGGCUUAUGAGAACCUCCACGAUUGAGAAGACGAGGUUCGUGACACAAUCAAUUUAAGAGCAACAGGCACAAUUGCCUGCGUGCAGACGUCUCUUAUUUCCUUGUUGCACGCGCAACAGGCACAAUAGAAAGACUUCGGCUUGUCCCAUGCUGAGCCUCUCACGCAGACGUUCUUUUCGCUUGUCACGCAAUUAAUCCUCCCCGACGAAAGUUCUUGGGGAAGGAACGUGUGACGAAGCCUUAAGAACGCCUGCGCGGGAAGUUAGUCCCAUGUAUCUCUUCUUGGGCCAUAAUUUCUUGCGAGACGGGACACCACAUACGACGCCUCCACUACCCCCCACCCCUCCCCCAUGACAAAGUUGUGGAAAACUUGGGUAUUUUCUCGCAAAUCUCCAAGCCCUGGUUCCUGAAAAGCCGAUUAAUCUAUCCUCCGAAUAGCAAUUAAUCCACAGUUUUUAAAUUUCUUAUUCCCCGGAUAACUAAUCGUGGCUUAAAAAGUUGCUCCUGAUAGCGAAAUUAUCCCGCAAUUAACUUAUCCCAGAUUAGUGCUUAAAAAACCGGUUUAACGAAUUUUUCGACCGCCUGCUUCUAAAAAAAUGGCGCGAAAAUUUGCGACAGCGCAUGGUUUCUUCUCGUCUGCCUUUUGAGAUCGUGUCUUAGGAUUUCUACUAGAUAUUUUAUUGACUCUCGGUCAAACCUAUAUCUGCCUCGAAGUUCUUUGUCUUUUAGUUGGUCGAGGUCAAUUUCUCGUUGUUGGAACUUUCUUUCUCGUAUUUGUGAAACAGUAAGUCGGCCAUUUUGUUUGUUUUGACAAAUUUUUUCCCCCGAUUAGUGAGUUAAUCGUCUUCGCUAGGUGGGUUAAAUUUAACACGUAGUUUAUUCCUAGAUUAGUCUUAAUCGUGCUUUCCGAGGAACAGAAUCUCAUCUUGAAAUAAAAUUUAUUCCGCGAUUAGCGAUAUUUAAUCCUGGAUUAGCGAUAAUCGGCUUUCCAGGAACCGGGGCCAGAACAUUACAUGUCUUCACCUCUUUAAUGAAAUGGAAAGAUGCUUUUGCAAGUUUCUCAAAAUUUUAUCAGAGAAUGAAAUUCUUUCAGUACCGAGUCUGGAAUCGUCAAGGUCAGUGUUCCUUCUUUGUUAUUUUCAGUGCUGACAGUGAGUUCAGCGGUGGGACGGAAAAAUACAAGACGCCUGUUAUUCUAACCAACAAGGGAAAGUGCAGUUGGUAUUGUCCUGUAUCUUUCACCAGCACUUGUCCUAUAAAUGUGCAGUAUUUCCCUUUCGACCAACAGAAGUGCGUAUUGAAGUUUGGUUCCUGGACUUAUGAGGUGAAGAAACGUAAAAGUGCAGCUGAGUACAAGUUUACUUUUAUAGACCAAAUAAGGGAAUCGCUCUAGCCAAUCACAACACGGGUACCAAAAACCAAUAAACCAAUCAGAAUUUAGACCGAAGGCGGGAAAACGCGUGAAGUAUGCAAGCAGAAGCAUAUAACCCCUGAUACAAGUCAAAACUGAUUUUGAUUGGUUGAUAAGAAAAAAAGAAUAAACACCAGUUCUAACAGCAAGCAGAUUGAUUUAUAGCAUGUGGGUAAAGUCGUCGCAUUUUCCAGUUCAUUCAUUUGCUCAUUAAACAGGUAUUUUACAGAAAAAGUCGUUGGAUACCCCCAAGAUAAGAAACUCCCGUGAACGCCGGUCUGCUUUGCGAGCAGAGGCGAACAGAUGAUAGCAGAGUACCCAAAAACAAUUACAAUUUUGAAUAUCCCUGGAAUUUGGUUUACUUAUUUUAGUGGCAAAAUGCAACGUGCGUUUCAUUAAAAAUCAGCAAAGUGAUAUACGAUCCUGUCAAUGUAAGAAUUUCAGUCUUAACAAGCGUCACGUCUGGUAAGGGGGGGGGGGGGGGGGGGGGGGGGACCCCCGGCCCCCCCCCCGGGAUAACCCACUCGGGGGGCCGCUUUUGUUUCUUUUUCACAUCAUGAACCCUCCUCGGUCCCCCGGGGGCCGUCAGUCGGCCGGGUUAAAAAGGCGCGACGGACGUUUUCCCCUUUUCCCCCCCCCCCCCUCCCCCCCCCUGCGCCCCGGGGGCGGAAUCAAACUCCCUUGGAUUUUGUGUAUAUUUUUUAGGGGGAAAAAACAACGUGGGUUGUAAUAAAAAACGCAAAAGAGUUAUACGAGCCUGUUAAAGUAAAAAUUUUUGCUUUAAAAAGGGGCACGGCGGGGGGGGGGGGGGGGGGGACGGGGAGCGGAUCCCCGGACCCUCCCCCUGGAUAAGCCACUCAGGGUGACGCAUUUGUUUCUCUUUCACAUCAUGAACCAUCCUCGGUGACCCAGGGGCAGUCAGUCGGGCCGGAUUAAAAGGCGCGACGAACGCUUUCACCUUUUCUCCCGGCCCGACUGACCGCCCCUGAGUCUCCGAGGAUGAUCAUGAACUGGUGCAAGAAUAAGCAUGUUACUAUUAAAGAGUAUGAACGUUCUGCCUCCCCCCAGUGGGUUUUCUUUCCAUCCCUGCCAUUCGGCAUAGCGCCGGCCAUUACAACGGCCACUUAAUGCAGUCCUACUGGCCGCUGUGGAGACCUUUGGCUUUACAGUGAAAAUAAUCAAAACCAUAAAUCUAUUUUUUAUCCAGAUAACAGAGCUAGACAUGAAAGCAGAAAACCGCUCCUCGAAAUCACAGUAUGUAGAAAGUGCCGAGUGGGAACUGGAAGAUGUGACGAAGCAAAGAAAUGAGCGGAAAUACGCGUGCUGCAAGGAGCCACUUGCCGAUAUCAGCAUCACUAUUUUGAUAGACAGAAAACCUCUUUUUUAUCUCUUUAAUCUUGUCAUUCCGUGUUUUAUAAUCUUGUCUAUGGUUCUGCUGGGAUUUUUCCUGCCACCUGCAUCUGGGGAAAGGAUCACGCUGAGCAUCACAGUGCUUCUGGCCAUGGCUGUGUUCCUGCAGCUUGUAGGGGAGAGCUUACCACGUAACUCAGAGACGGUGCCACUCUUGGGUAAGUUCUACAUCACCAUCAUGGCAGAGAUAUCCAUCUCACUGAUGCUGACUUGCUGGGUCCUAAACAUUCACUAUCACGGGUCUGGAAGCUCCGCAAAAGAGGUUCCUCUCUGGGCCCGAAUCAUUGUCCUGCAGUGGCUUGGGUAUUUGCUGUGCGUUGGGAAGCCCGAUGGAAGUUCCCCGGACGUCCCCAACCCUGACCUCAGAUACCACCAGGACGACAGGCGCAGAGGUGGAGCAUUCGCGAUGGACUGGGAGACGUCUUUUUCUCCAGCCGCUAACUGUCACUGCACGCGGUGCAUGAACGCUAGAGGAGCUCACUACAGCGGAGACAGAAGCCCAGAUGAAUCAAGAUUGCUAGAAGUAAGGUACACAGGAGAAACCUCGCCUGUUGACAUGCCUGAAAAACGCUCACGAGAGAGACCCAAGGAGAGGCUGUCUGAGGAAAUAAGUGUUCUUGCAAACAGCAUUCGAGAGCGCGAGAAAGUGGAGAAAAAUCAGGAAGACUGGAAAUAUUUCGCAAUGGUUAUGGACAGAGUUUUCUUCUGGAUCUACUCUAUGACUAUCGUGAUGUCGACUUUGACCAUAUUUUUUACUCGAGGUGAGGAGUAA